AUGCUAAAAUUAUUUAUUCUUGUCGUAUUAUCCUGUUCGAUCAAUUCAUUAUGGGCAGGAACACCAUUCAAAGAUUGUGGAUCAGAGGCAGGUACAAUUCAAGAAUUUGAAGUAACGGAUUGUCCAACAGCUCCAUGCAAAUUUACAAAAGGCAAAACAUAUGCAAUGAAUUUAACAUUUACAGCCAAAGCUCCAUCAAAAACAGCGACAGUUAGCAUUCAUGGUGUUAUUGGUGGUGUUCCGGUUCCAUUUCCAUUACCAGAUCCAGAUGCCUGUAAAAUGAAUGUUAAAUGUCCAAUAAAUCCAAAUGAUAGCAAUGUAGCAUCAAUGUCGUUACCUGUUUUAGAAAUAUAUCCAUCAAUUUCACUUUAUGUCAAAAUUGAACUUAAAGCUGAUGAUCAAAAACAAGAUUAUGCUUGUUUAUUAUUUCCAGCAACAAUAAUAAGUAGUGCACAUGGAAGAAAAAAUUUAGUUGGUUGGAAAAAAGGCCAAUUGUUUGAAAUGCUUGAUUAA